AUGAUGGGAACCCUGCUUACUGGACUCAUACUCUUCCUGUUUGAGGUGGGAUGUGAAAGUGAGCCGACACAUGCCGUGCCAGAAAGAGUAGAGGGCUCAAAUGAAACACUGGUGUAUCUAACACCACACUGGGCUUUCCAGCUGGUCAAUGACUCGCUGUCCUUCUCUAGGGCCGACAGCUUCUGCAGAGGGCGGUUUAGCUCUCUCAUCACCUCAGACCAGAAGGAAGUUUUGGAGCUGCUUCGGCAGGCUGGACUUCAUUCAUCCGUCUGGGUCAGGGAUUCCAGCAGAGUAGCCUCCAAGCCUGUGGCACUCUCCCAGCAGUAUUUGCUGUUCUCAGCUCUAAAGUUUCCAAAGGAGUCGCGUGAGGGCUUUGCACACGUCAACAAGUCCUUCCCAGCCCUCUCAUCUGUCAGUGUUUGUGUUCGAGUUCAGUGGGACCCAUGGUGGAGCGAGGUGUCGACCAUAUUUUCCUACGCUGCACCUGUCUUUACCAAUGAGUUCCAGCUGCGAGGCCAAGCAGACAUGCAGGGUCGCAUUUUGCUGGCGCUCAUCAUCCAUGGGAAGCACCUACCAUACAAGGCAUCCUUCCCAAAUGAUGGUGCGUGGCAUCAAAUCUGUGUCACAUGGCAGCGGAGUGGUGGCUACUGGGCUAUCUAUGUGGACGGAGACAGGAAAGACACAGGCUCAGGCACAGACACUUCUAGGGAUAUCUACGGUGAUGGGAUUCUGAUCCUGGGUCAGGACCAAGACUCUUUUGGCGGGAAUUUUACAGAGCCUUUCUUUGGAAAUAUAACUGACCUAAAUGUCUGGAACAUGUCUUUGGAAUCACGCCAUGUCCGUCUCCUAAAUGAAUGUUCACCAGUCACCCAGGACCUGCUUUUCAGUUGGAACCUUGAGCUCCUUAGUAGCCACCCUGUGGUCAAAGAGGUGCAGGCCCGUUUGUUUUGCCCGGCAGUGCACCAGCAGGUGGAGCUACAGGGCUGCAGAACAUUGCAGGGCUCGUCAGCUCAGCUUCCACAGUUGGGUCUGACGGACUGCCUCGAUCUCCUGCCUUUCAUCUGCAGGAGAAGCAGAGAGCGUUACCUGAAGAUGAAGCAGAUGAGUGACUCUCAGAGCUCUCAGCCCACUGCUUUUAUGAGCCAGCUGAUGAAGCUCUCCAACCAGAGCCAGCUGAUGCUGGGCCGGGAGCCAUCAGGGCUGAGCAGCCUGGCCCAGGCAUCUGCCCUGCUUGACGUCUCUGUCCAGGCCCUGGAGGACACCCGGGACGAGGGACUGCAGCCAGCAGACAUGAUGUCCCUCAUACAGCUUCUGUCUCUAACUGCAGACGUCCCCUCACAGCCAUUUACCCAUGACACUAACUACAGCCAGGACAACAUACAGGAGCUCAGCCAGCACUUCAUCAGCUUGGCUGACAGCAUCAUCAGUGAAGAAGACACCUUAAAGUGGCAAGCCAUCAAAGAGGUGGUGAAUGGCCCCAUGGAUGUGGUCAAAAGCAUUGACCAAAUGGUGACCAGCCUGAGCCCUCGCUUAAUGGCAGAGACCAAUCACCUAACCAUCCGCAGCCCCAACAUCAAAUUGGUGGUGCAGCAGCAGAAGCUGCAGGAAGUAUCCAGAGGAUCAAGUUUUUGUGGACCUGAAACAGAGAAGCCAACCAUCCGAGACUGUAUUUCAGUCUCACAUCAGAAGAUGCAGGAUCUCCAUAACAAUGGUUUCCAUAAGCUCACGCUGGUCAACAUGUGGUACGGCUCUCUGCGGCCUUUUUUCAAUCCUGAGGAGAACAUCACCAUGGAGCCCACCGUCACUGAUGGCAGCCAAAGGUAUUUAGGCACCAUCUUGGGUUCUUCAGUCAUUUCUACCACAGUACUGGGAGAUGACCAACCAGUUAGCAUGGCAGUUCGCUUCCAGCUCCAACAUAGAGUACAGAAUCCAGAUGGUACUGUGUAUGAUCCAGUGUGUGCCUUCUGGGAUUUUAAUCUAACCCCAGAAGCUGGUGGGUGGUGGAAUACCAAGGGCUGUGAAAUAGUGUCCAAACAGUAUGGAUAUACUGUGUGCUACUGCAACCACACCACCAAUUUUGCAUUACUGCUGCAGGUGUAUGAAGCCCAGAGGAGCUCAGAGAAUGAAAAAGCUCUGCAGGUGCUGACGUUCAUUGGCUGUGGAGUGUCUCUGUGUGGCCUCCUCUUCACCUUCAUCCUCUUCAUCUCCGUGGGUGUCCCUAAAUCAGACCGUACAACUGUCCAUAAGAACCUUAUAGUUGCUCUGGGAGUGGCUGAGCUGCUGUUGAUGUGCAGCAGUUGGGCUUCUGAAAAUGAGACAGCAUGCUUCCUGGUGACUGCACUACUUCAUCUCUUAUUCAUGGCUUCUUUUUCCUGGAUGCUGGUGGAGGGCUUGCUACUGUGGAGUAAAGUCGUGUCUGUCAAUGUCAGCGAGGACCGCAGGAUGAAAGUCUACUAUGUCAUUGGCUGGGGUGUGCCUGUUCUGGUUGUUGGAGUAACACUGGUGAUAUCCAUGGACAAAUACAAAGCAGACGAUCAUUGCUGGCUCAAUGUGAAGACCGACACAAUCUGGGCCUUUGUGGGACCUGUGAUAUUUGUCUUGACAGUCAAUGCGGUUGUGCUGUGUCGGGUUGUCAUGGUGACCGUUUCCAGCGCUCGUCGUCGUGCUAAGAUGCUCAGUCCAAGCUCAGCAUCAAAGAUGCAGACCUAUGACCUUACCUGGGCUGUGACCCGUCCAGUUCUGAUCCUGCUGCCUGUCCUAGGUCUGACCUGGCUGUGUGGCGUGCUUGUCCAUCUGUCUGUGGUAGUUGCCUAUAUUUUCAUUGCUCUCAACUCCUUCCAGGGUCUGUACAUCUUCUUAGUCUAUGCUGUUUACAACAGUGAGGUGAGGAAUGCCAUAAAGAGGAUCAAAGAAAAGAGAAAGGCCUUAUCUUUCACGAACUGCUCCCAGCCAACCAGCUUCCUACCUUCUCAGAGGACCCCGAUCACGUCCUGGGGCCACAGCCUACCGACGACCUCCAGCCCUGAGACCAGUGAGACGUCUGUACCUGCCGGCACUACUUCCACAUCCAUGGUCAUCAAGAACGAGAGUUUCAGAAAGGAGAGCUUUGUGAGUUUCUUUUUGAACCAAGGAUCCGGAAACCAAGUGGUACAGCUGACGGGGUUCAAGCCAUCAGGUUGUUGAACUACAAAUGGAGUGGAACCUAUACUCAGUAUCUACACACGCAUCUUCAUCGUUGUCAUCACGCUGAAAGAGGACCGCACACUGCAGGAGGAGA